AGUGCAACACGUCGGUAAAUCGACAUCGUUAAUAUACGUUCUUCCUCUUGGACUUCAAGCGAAUGCAUGGACAUUAGAUGGUAGGUUUCAAUGUUGCAAAUAACUUCCUCACUCAGCAAUCGAAUGUAGCCUAGUGUUUUGCGUUUGAUUGUGAGAUCGCAAUGCGAAACAUCUGUUGAGCAUGAUGGCUUCAUUAUUGUUAUUUAAAUUACCCUUCAGCCUGAAAUAUAAAUUUUAUAGAGGUGUGGGUCUAGAAUGGUGUUCCAGAAUACUUUUGCUGGUGAUCUUCAUGAAUUUGGUCAUAUCAAUUUUUUCCGCAUUUUGUGUAAUUCUCAUGUGAUCAUGACCCUGUUGGAGUUAGAAAGAUCUUAACUUAAAUACUUUAAUUACCCUCCAGCCUGAAAUAUAAUUUUUAUAAAGGUGUGGGUCUAGAAUGGGGUUCCAAACUGCUUUUCCUUGUGAUCUUCAUGUAUUUGGUCAUUUCUGUUUUCUUCCGCAAUUUGACUAUCCUCAUUUGAGCAUGACCCUGUUAGAAUUAGAGAGAUCUGAACUUAGACUUGGAGCAUAUUUUAUGGGCAUUUCCCGAUAAAAAUGGCAAGGUUAAGGAUGUAUUAUCUCUCUUAUCUUACUCAAUAAUUAUACAUCGGUAGCCUGCAGAGUAGGCGUAAUUUUGGCGAACGAGUGCUCAGUAUUUUCCUAACGGAAAUUAUGGCCGCCAUCUUUGAUUUUAGUGGCAGUGGAAGGCUGGGGAGAGAAAGAAAUUUGUAUUGAGGGAGCGGUUGACGGUCAAAAAUAAGGAGAGGGGUGAGGGUGGGGAUGCUGUCCACUCUACCUCCCAAUCAAACAUGGCUCGCCCUAACAAGAUGCCUGCACAGCAGGCUAAUAGAAGCUAAGAAUACUGAUUGUCCUUUUGCCCUGGAACCAAAAUUUAUGAUGAAAACAAGCAUUCGUGUCAUUUGGAAAUGGGAGAAUUUAAAAGAAAUACUGUUAAUCCUUAACUUCCAGAAGUGAUUGAAGGGUAACUUCUUCCCAUAAUAUCCAUACACUGUAUAGCAAACAGGUAAUGAGAAUACUUAAACUUAUCAUAUAGAAGUUUUUUUUCUUAAUCUCACACCAAAUUCUCCGAACUAAUUUAGAAAAUUUUUCCCAAUGAUAGCCACACACUGUAUAGCAAACAGGUAAAGGAAUACUUAAACUUAUCACAUAAAGUUUUUUUUCUUGAUUGAACACCAAAUUCUCCAAACUAGUUUAGAAAGAAAUGUAUAGCAGCAAGAGGGGAGAUAGAUUAAAAUAGAUCUUGGGAGUUAAAGGGUUAAAUGCUCUCAGUCACCCUGCAGUAAUCUGGGCAUCUGUUGAAAUGUAAAGAAUAAUAUAAUGGUAUAGCUUCAAUUACUUAUCAAACUGGUACCAGUAGUUUGAAGGUUGGAUAAUGCUAUUGACUGGAAAAGACUCUAUCCAGUGGAUAACGCCAUACGUUUUGCUAUCACUUAUCCACUGGAUAGCAAUUUAUCUGUCAAAUAGCAUGAUCUGCCCUUUAUCCACCUAGGCCCUGGUGUACACAGGUAGUAUUUUCCCUUCUGCCCCUUAACCUCUUCUCUCAUGACUGUAUUAAAAAAUAUACUUUGGCUCCUAUGAUUUAAGAUAGGGCAUUGUUUUUGCACCAAAUGGGGGCUAUUGCAUUUAUCAUCCUUCAAAUAUUUUGCACUUUGCUGGAAAAUGUUCUCUUUCAGUUCUUUUUCACAUUGACUUUAGGAACAAAAAAUACAUGUCUCUUCUAUAUCAACCACAAUACACUCUCAUCUUGAAUGAAAUUCUAACAGACUCAUUGUAGUGGACAUAAGGUGGGGUAUAUCCUGGGAUAUUCCCCAGCUUUAGCAAAGGAAUAGUUGGGAACAUGAUGUGUUUAGAUCAUGUGUGCAAGCAAAAAUAUUUGAUAGAUUUUAAUUGUGAUUAUUUAUAUUGUAUUAUAAUUAUUUCUGCCAUUCAGUUUUUGAGUUUUCACAAAGGAUAGGUGGAAGGAGGGUUACUCUUGGUAGGAUUGGUUAAUACAGCAUAAUUUAACCCUUUAUACCCUAACAUCAGUAUGUAUAUUCUCCAUACUGUUCUCUAAACAUUUCCUAAGGUGCUGACAUUAGGAGAAUCUGUUUAACAAUCAACUUGAGCUUCUUUGGUUGGUGAUCAUUUUUUUUAUUCUCAUGACCUUAAUCCUUUAACUUUCAGAUCAAAUUUGUAAUUCUUCUUUCUGUCAACUAUACAGUUCUUCUAAUGUUAGUUCAGAGAAUUUAGUAUUGGAUCAACUAACUAUCCCCAAAUUGAUAUUUGCCUUCAUUCUCAUCACUUAUAUGGUUGAUAUUGUAUUAAUAUUGUAGAAAAAAAAUUCUGUCUUGGUCAGUGAUGGGAUUUAAAGGGUUAAUGUGUGAUUUAGGGGUGAAACAGCAAGGAGAAAUUAGAUGUUUAUCAUUUCUAGGGUGUAGAGGGUUAAAGCACACUUUGUAGUAUCGUAUAAUAAUUGAAAUCAUAGCUUUCUAUAGUUUUCUAAUAGGGCAAAUGAAAGGAGGGUGACUCUUGGCAGGGCUGGAGGUGUGUGGGGGGGGGGGCGGGGGGGGAAGGUUACUGCAGCAUUUACUGCCAUCUCAUUAUGUCUGAACAAAUAUAAAAGUUCUGAAAAUUUGCUGGCUUGGGUUAUUGCUUUCAGAGAAACGAUGAAAAAGGCCAAAAAAUCCCUUAGAAAAGCCUUUCAUCAAUCGAGUAGUAACAACAGAGAAAGGAAACAACCAGGCAAUGAUGUCCCAAAAGGUGAUGUUAGGGAAGACAGUGCUGAAAACAAGGUUAGUUUGUUUAGUCUUGAACAGUAAACAGGUAAUUUUAAUGAACCAUUUACUCAUCAUUUGCUUUGUGCUAAAUCAGGAUUGAAAGAGAUACUUACUGGUUCUGAUUUAUUAUCUACCAAGGUGCUGUGGUUUAGAUGAUUUUGAAUAAUUUUCAGGGGGUAAGGGGUGUAGAGGUUAUAGCCUUUAGUGUAAAUGUGAUGGGAUAGAUUAAAUUAACUAAAGUUUGUGUGAAUCUAAAAAUUAUUGUUAAUUUAGUUGAAUAGCAAACUACUCAUUUUACACGAUCACAGCUUUGGCUCAGCACCAUUGGGUGUUCUGAUUAAAAUGACAGUAAAGCUUUGGAUCAAAGUCAGUUUCUUAGCAACUGUGCACCUACAUGUACCCCUCCCCUCCCCUCACUCACUAAUAACCCCAACUUGUUAUCAGACUCAGUUGACUGAUGUUGGAUUAGGGGAGGGGUAGGUACACAGGUACUCAAAUACUGACAUUGAUCCAAAGUGUUCCAUGUGUGUAAGCUUUCAAAAAGCGAAACUUCGUUUGGUGACUAAUUACAAGUGUAUUUAUUUUUUUUAUCCGUAUAACUCAGAACAGAUGUGAGUAAUAUUGGCAUGGAGAUCGAAUUUUUCAUUCACUAUAAGCUUCAAAACUUCAAUUAAAAUUUAGUGGAAAAGCUAUAUGUGCAUACUAGGUAAAUUUCUUAUUUCUUUGAUAUACUAGUAGUCACAAGCAGGUGUGUAUUUAUUUAUUUUCACUUGAUGAUCAUUAAAUGUUUUUUUUUGUCUAUAUUUUCCAAUCAAGUUUCAAGUUCUUCUUUCAUAGGAUGAGGCCGAAGAACUGACUGACUUGGACAAGUUGUAUAUUGCCUUGGCUGAAGUUGGUCGUAGAAACCUCUUUGAUCUACUUUGCUACAGUUUCAAUAUUACGAGCUUAGACGAUUUACAGAAAUACACUGCAGAAGACAGCACAUCUGCUUACAUCUGUGACGAAAUAAAAUCUUUCCUUGAGGGCAAAGAUUUCAAUUUCAUGGAACUUGUACAGGUAACGUAAAUGAAAAUGUUUUAGCUUUUCUUUAGUUAUAAAAUAUGACAUGACAAUUGCACGUACAUUGAAUUUUGAUACGUAACCACUACAUCGUGUGCUAAUUUUUGUACACAGCGCUUGCAAGUUAUUUCGCCUCUAGAAACCCUUUUAAGCCCAGCUGCGCUACGUCGGUGUGGACAUAUAUUCACUGUAUCCUUGCUGUAAACAUUUGCUUUUGCCGGUGAGCCUUAGCCAGGUAGCACAAUAUUUGAGAGGGUCAGCGGUGUAUUUAACAUAGAAGAGGUGAGGAUUCAUGGCUCUUUUUGGAUGUCAGAUUCGGGGCACGCGCAAUUUGGCUUUUUCACCAUGUAACGUCACAUUGAUUUGUAGGUAAUUUUGGUGUUUAUUACACCCAUUUUGAAAUCACUGGUGGUCCCUGUAAUUUGAUUGGCUCAAAUUGGUGCGAUUUAUUCACGGAUCGCACCAUUUCUUGCUUUAAAUCGCAUCAUUUUUCCAGCCAAUGAGGAGGCUACACUGAAAACAAAACAACCAAUCAGAUUUCAAGGCUUGUUUAAAGUAACCAAUGUAAUUGCAGGAAAAUGAAAGACAAAGAGUAACAUGUGGCGAAUUUUGCAACCUUUGUUUCCAAAACUCUGGUUUUUCCCCCCAAAAAAUGGUGAAUUUAAUUUCAAACUAGCUCAGUACUGCAUCAAUUAAAUAUUUGAACUGAUCAAGUCAUGUACUUGGGCGAUUUCAAAAUGGAUGUAAUAGAGUAGUAAUUGAACCUUGUGUCGUGAAAUUUUGGUCUGAAAUCAUACUUGUGAUUUCAAAUCGAGCUCGCGCUGUGCACUCCACUCAGUUCAAUUACCAUUAUUAACAACUGAGUUGAAAACGUAAACUGGCCAUCGGAAAGAGUUUAGAGGCUGACGUUUCGAGCGUUAGCUAGAGCGAUUGGACGAAUUGUGGGUUCUGUGUGGGUUUACAUGCAGAAAAUGGAGCUACGCUAGAGGUGGGAAUACGGUGACGAGAAAACAAGAAUAAAUUAGGCGAAUUAAAAGCGCUCGUUGAUACCGCGGGGAUUAAGAGAGAGUCGAUUUGGAAGAUAAAUUUUUGUUCUGGUGUUUUGUGGCUUUCCGAACUGCCUAGAUGUAGGAAAAGGCUGCAAACUUUCUUUCUGCGUCGUGAAGGUGUUCUCGGAAUCGGUUACCUAGUCGUUUUCCUGUUUCACCAAUGUAGAACUUUUUACAAUAAGUGCAAGUAAUGCAAAAAAUAACAUUGGCAGAGGUGCUCGUAAAGUGAUCAGUGUUCUUGAUGGGUUUCGUGGGUCCCGACAUUUUCUCUACGUUAUGAAUGAAAGAACAAGUUUUGCAUCGUGAGCGAGCGCAUUCGAAAGUUCCAAGGUGGCCAUUGGUUUGAAAUGAACUUCUGACCAAAAAGUGGCCUAGGGUUUUGUCACGUUUGAAUGAAAUCCAUGGAGGUUGCGGAAAGAUAGUACCAGUCUCUGAAACGUUUUGGAGUAGUUUAAAGUUUAAUGAAUGAUAGAUUUAACUGCGUGGUUGUGAGGGUGAAAUGGGAGAGUGAAUGGAAUGCGGUCAGUGUUUUCCUUCUCAUCCGUUUGUAGUGCUGACUGUCGAGCAAUUUGUUGGGCAAGGUGGUGGCCCGCUUGAACGACAGAAACAGGAUGGCCACUCAUUUCAAACUGAAAUUUCUAGUUUAGUUGUAUUUGUUUUAUAUUAUUAUAAGAAGUUGACUCCUUUUGAUAGCACAGAAGUCUUUUGAGCUCCCCUUAUGAACUACACUUCUUUUUUGUUGAUUUUAUUUUUUAUAUUUAUGUAUUUCAACCUAAAAAGGGUUGUCUCUAUCGCUCUUGAACAUAUUUAAAUCGCGGCCGCCGGUGUAUGAAAAUAGGCCGAUACAUUAUUUAAUGCGGGCGAUAGGUCAAGGGUCUUGAAAUUUUGACUCGCCUCGUUCGGGGUGUUUUCAUGACUCACCCAUCCUGACAGAUCUUUCUGCCAAGAGUAUCUUUUGACAUGAGGUUGUGAGUGAAUUCUGAUUCUAUUGCAGAAAUACAAACAAAGCAAACUUGUGCAGACGUGUGAGAUUAAGCAUAUACCAGUAAUCCCAAAGAAAGACUUAGUUGUUACUCACACAUUGAGGAAGGGUCCAUUUGUGGGACAAGUGUGCGAGGCGCAACUCACUUUUCCGGAUGGGAGGAAGGUACAUAUUGCUGUCAAUGAAUUUGCUGUUCAUAUGUGUGUGUCUGUUUGUUUGCUUGUUCGUUGUUGUUGUAGUUGUUGUUUUGUAAUGGCUGAUAAUUAGAAAAAUCCCUUAAGCGCUUUUUCAUUCGUUUACACGUUAAAUCGACGUCACAUGUACCGUACGUGCGCUUGCGGGUAAUUGUAUGUCCGACAACAUUGAAGGAAAGGCAAACUCGAUAUAAAUAACAGUGUUUGGGAGUCCUCGGAGAGUAAAGGAAUGAUAAAUAAACUACCCUUGGUUAAAUUAACCCAUUGACUUUUUUCCUGCUCGCUGACUCAAGAGGCGUUUUUUUUUUCCCCAUAACAAACACUAAACGUGUUAUAUGGUUAAGGUUUAAUAAAGCAUUUUGACCUGAAAAUUUUGGAGAAAAUUAUGAGCGCAAUGGGACAGACUCCAACUUGUCCCAGGUUCUCAGUUGGUGAAGACGAGCUAAAAAAGUGAGGUCGCGAAUUGUGGUAUUCGUGAAUCAAGAGGUAGUGUAAAGAACAAAGCAGAACGAACGACUUAAGGUGAUUCCUCAGUAUUGCACGGCGCAUCCUGUGAUGCGCAUAAUAAUCACGUAAUCAGGCUAAUAAGUGCGCGCACAUUCCGAGAACAUGUUAUUGUUUUUCAAUCAAUGAGCAAGGUAAAAAAGGACGAUGGUCUUAAGCUCUUGAACGAGUACGGUGACCUACAUUUUUUAUUGCAUAAUUUUGGUAUAAAAAUUUAUUACCCCCUUUAAAUUGGGGAUGUUAAAAAAAUUGUUCGAAGGGAAAAAAAGAAAAAAGAUAAAAGCGUGCAUGAGGUCCGUUACUGACCUUGAAAGGGGUGACUCGGGGAACCUUUUUGAGUCGAUUUCGUUUAAAUUUGCAUGAUUUUCUCGCAAAUUAUAUAUCAAAUUGUUCCAUACGCUCGAAACUCUCUAACUAUCAAGUUUAUUUUCGAGUGUUACUUUAAAAAACCUUGCUUCCAGCUGCGGCAAAAUGUACCGUGAAGCGAUGAAAUGACGCGCGUGAUUAGGGCCAGUGCGGGCAUAAAUGGGGUAAGUUUGGCCCAUUAUAUCUUCUUUUUACUGUAUGUUUCGAAACAGACUAAGGUAAGACAAGGAAUAUUUAAGGAAAGGAUAAAAAAUUCUUCGAUAACUUUUUUUUUCUGAGGAAUCACCUUACGCUGUUUACUUGACGUACAAGGUAAGGUUGGCAGUAGGCAGCCUUCUCCCGGCACAGGUUAGGCAGCGGGUCCAUUACAAUUUUUGACAUAAUUCUUUGGCUGAUUUCAUUCUGUAUUUAAAUUUUUUGUAUAUUAUUUUACAUCGGAGUCGUUCAUGCACGUUUUUGUUUGCCUGUUUGUCUUUUUGUGUUUGUUUAUAUGUUUGCUUUUUUCAAUAGGAAAAAGUUUGUCUUCGUUAUCAAACGGUACAAGAUGAAGACCAAAUGGACUUCUUGAGAGAAGCAGAAAUAGCAUUUCAACUUCGUCAUGAGAAUAUUCUAGCUUACUACGGCGUAGUCAUUGCUAGUUCAUAUUCACCACACCCAGCUUUGGCAAGUUAUUCACAUUUAUUCUAUAUAUUGCCAAAAGAUCUGGAUAGCAUCAGAUAUGUAACGAAUUUUUAGACAAUAAACGACGCUUCUUUAACACACGUUUCGACAGUUCUUCUGUCAUCUUCAGUUUUGAUUUACACGAAGUACAAAGUUGAAUUUAAAGUGUGUAGCACAAUGCUGAUUGGACAAAAACAAAACAAUAGUAACAGAACAAUGUAUGUAAUUUACAAGGAAAGUUUUAAAUUAACAUGAUAAAGUUGAUGAUUAAGUGUGGGUUGCUCCCAUUGAAUAUGAAUAGCUUCUUUGAUUUUAAGUUGGAAAGUUGUGGGAGCGUGAUCUAAAAUGCUAAAACACUCAUCAGAACAUAGAGUGCGACAUUGUGGAGAAUUAUGGAGAUGUCUAAAAAUGUGAGAGGUCCUAUCACUGAUCAAGUGCUCACGCGCGCGUGUGGAUAAAUAGCGUGAGGUUUCGCCGACAUUCAUCAUCAAUUAGUUCAAAACAGGGCAUGCCAAGUUAUUUUUUGUUGUUGUUUCUUUUCGUUUUCAUUUGCUUUAUUUCCUCCAGCUUUAGGUGGGUGCUUUGAAGUUUUGUAGACGUUUAGCGAUGAGCGGCGAUGCCGUCAGUCUAUUUACGGCCCGUUACGCGGGCUAUUGCCUUAAUAUUAACUUUUAUAUUAUCUUUUUUUUACCUUUUACUUUUGUAACGUUACAGGUGGUCGAGUUUGCAGAAUAUGGAAACCUAUCAGAAUCAUGGCCUCAUCAUAACAUUGAACACCUGUGGAGAUACACCAUCCAGGCCGCAACUGCUUUGGAAUACUUGGAGAAAAGAAAUGUUAUUCACCAAUCUGUUUUUUAUUAUAAUUUCUUGGUUGUUGCUGGUUUUAAGGUAGUUAUCAUUGUUAUCGUCAUUAUUAUCAUCAUUAUCAUUGAUACUGCCAAUUUGGCACUGCCAUCGUCAUUGUGUAGGAAAUGGGAUCAAUUAGCAGUACAAUCAAGGAAAAGACCAUCUUGCUCGCGUUCAAAGCUUGCAUGGUGAGACACUAAAACAUUUAUUUCCAAGUGAAUCGUCGUAGAUUUACUUAAAGUAAGGGGGAGAUUCGCGACAUGUCAUUGGAAAAGGUGGUAGUAGUACUAUCACAUAAUCAGAAGGAAUAAUCCAGUUGAAUAUAAGUUUAAACUACUCCAUGUCUUAUUUCAUCCAAGCUGAAGCUUGCAGGCCUGGCGGCUUGUUGGUUUAAAGAAGUAAACCUGAAAAGGUAAGUACACAUCUUAUCAGAGUAGAUUUAUCAUAAAAUUCGAAAUUGUGAAAGCUCAAGCGAUGAAAAUGUAGUUAACUUUAGCCUUUGCCGAAGAAUUAUGGCUGAAAAGAGAGGAGAAUAAAGAUUAUCAGGCGUUAUAAUUUUUGUUGAAUGCGGGAAGGUCAUCAACGAAGUUGUCGUAAAGUGUUUGCACUGAACAAGAUGAUUUGGUUCUAUUAACUGAGUUGAGCUGACGUUUCGGGCGUUAGCCCCUCUUCAGAGCGAAUGACGAAGGGGCUAACGCUCGAAACGUCAGCUUAAAAACUCUUGACGAUGGCCAAUUUACACCAUGAACUCAGUUGAUAAAACCAAAUUAUCUUGUUUUACUCUCCCAACGACGCAAUACCACAGUUUCUAAAGAAACUUGCGCCCUAUAUCCGUUUGCACCUAAGGGUGUGCAAGCUGUUUCAAAGCGGUCGAAAGAUAGAACAUUCAACAGCUUUGAAACAGACAUAUAUGGAACUUCGCAACGUACAAUGAAUUAGAACGCUGGCGAGAUCUACUGCCCAUUGCUGUGCAAUGUCCAGAAACGAAUAUUAAUAUCAGGGCUCGCCAGACAUAAUUCGAUCCUGAUCAUCGACUUUGACCCUCUCUUUAUUUCCACCUAAUCUUACUUCUGCUGUAUUCGGAAAACCUCAUGUGUCUGCACAGGUUUAUAACUGUAGGCUCAGAGCCCCCCUGGAUAACCCAAAAAAUAAGAUAGGUCUCAACACUUAGUUUAGAUUUGUCCAAUCUUUACAGACAGAUGAAUAUUGCAGUUCCUGAAACACUAAACAGUGUAGCUUUCAUGUUCGGGAGGUUAUUCUCUGAGAUAUUUUCCGCUUUCUCGCAAAGGUAUAAAGGAGACAAAAAACUUGCGGUGAGUUAAAUGUUGAUAUUUAAUAGAGGUUAGAUAAGUGGCUAACCACAGUAGUGAUUGGGUGUCAUUUGUAUAUGAUGUAGAUAGGAUAUGAUUUUAAGUAUGGCCGUCGUUUUGUAGUUACUUAUGGGUUUAUACAACUCGGUGAAAAAGAAAGAAAACUUGCUACGUUGAGGUUAUUAAUCAGAGAAAACCGAAUGAAUCACAAGUCAAUUAGAAAGCGUUCUAUAGAUUAUAUAUAAAACCCGCAUAACUUGAAAUGUUAAAACUUUUUUACCAAGAAGUUAAUAUUUAUUAAUUAUGUUAUGGUAGUUAAAGCCCACCAGAAUCGACCAGGAAAUUAUAACCAAUAAUAAUCAAGUAAUUGAAAAGCACCAAGGGCCGGUUGUUAAAAUAAAGUUUAGCCGUUUUUUAACAGAACCGCUUUCGUGAACGGUGUCAUUAAUUCCGAAAAUUAGCAGUGGAAGGACGUUUAUUUAAGUACUAUUGCAGUUACACCAGCUUUGCGAUCUGCUCGUUUUUUAAUUUAACUUCCUCGAAUGAACAGAGGCGAUCUUUAAUAAAUGUUGGACUGUAUAUGAAGCACCGUUAGUGAUGUCUUGUUUCCCUUUCCUAUCUUCACGUUUUUUCCUUCAAACGGAUCCAUUCUACUUUCUAGGCACUUUCAAAGUGGAGUGACGUAAAGUUUGGUGAUCUUUGCCCUUCUCAUUUUUGUGACGUCUUUCAGCGUUGUUUACGAAACAGUGAGCGCAUGCCACCCUCUUUCUCAGAAAUCAGGCAAUCUCUUGUAACACAGGUUAGUGCGGUAUGAUAAAUUGACAAUUUUACAGCACGCCAUGCAAAUUUGUUUCUUGAACAAUGAUGAUUUGCUAAGUAUUGAGUGAAUUUGGAAAAAUUUAAUUUCGUGUGGAUCAUCAGAAUGCAGGUUGCUUUGCAAAGGAAGAAAACGAAAAAUGCCAUGAUCCUUGGAGAGUAAUAAGGUGAAAUAAGAACAGUAUGCCAACGUUUUGCACCUCGCGUAAGAAGCUUUGGGAAAGGCAAGCAAAUGCGUGCGGUGUCAUUCUGUCUUGCCAUCUUGAUCAUCAGAAAAAUCACGAAUACCGAAAGACCCGCAUCGUUACCUUAAAUCUUUAUUUAAGUUUCGCCCACUUCGAAAUUGAAUUGUUUUGUGUUCCAACUUUGACUGUUACACUAGUUGUUAAAUAAUUGCAAUUGUGAUAGUAAUAACUAUUAUAAAUAACGAUUCUUAUAUAGGUUGUUAUUACAAUUUCAUUUGGACAUUACAGGAGCACCCUUUGAAAUUGAAGGUUAUUCGCAAAUUCGAAGGGUCAAAAGAUGGUUUUCUCAGCUGUAAUCCUGGAGAAAUCAUAACUCUGGUUUCCAAGAAACGACACAAGUACGUACACUGUGGUGAUGUUUCCAACUCAGGUCUCUGUUCAGCGAAAGAAAUACAAUUGCAGAAAGUGCCUCUUUGUAAUUUUGAGAUUUACAGGCUUCUUCUAUUUUAAAUUUGAAAGGUUUGAAGUGGCAGUGAAAUGAGACAUAUUAGUUGGGAUUUGUCCCUUGCAGGUAUGACGAAACUGCUUGGUUUGGUGUCACACAAAGUGCUCAAAUAGGAUUUUUCUCGCUAGAGUAUGUAGAAGAAGUAAUGAAUUAUAAUGUUGAUGGUAAGUACUAUUCUGUUACGACCCCGGCUUUGUCAAAGGUUUCGGAAAGAAAACGUCUGAAGUCUCUUCCUUUGUAG